AUGUUGACGAUUACUAAUCCGUGUAGUUUGCCAAAGGACAGAGGAAAUCAGUGCUCUAAUGCUGCUCCAAAAAUUCAAUGGUUCUUCGAUACAGAAACUGUUUCAUGCCUACCUUUCCGAUACUUGGGCUGUGGUGGAAAUGCAAACCAAUUUAGUACUAGACAAGAUUGCUCGCGACGAUGCGUUCCUAGUACAGAUUUUGUUUAUCGAUUGGACUAUGGAUGGUGUGCUUUGAAAGGAGAGCCAUAUAAAGAACCUAAUGGUACGAAUCGUUUAUGUCCUCAAACGGGCUGUCCGGAUGAAUACCGAUGUAUCCGGCUUGCGUUCUUCGGCAUAUGCUGCCCAAAACAAACCGAAGACUUAUUUAAUAGAAAUAUAAGUCCACAAGACCAUGACAAGAAAGCCUUUACAAAGACGCUGGAUUCUUACCAACAACCGUUAUUGGGUAAAUCUUGUGAGGACGAAUUUUGCCCACCAAAAACCCAAUGCGUGCAACAGGAAGUUUUAGCAUACUGUCGAACUCUUUAA